AUGGCACUUAUAUCUACUGAUAAGGUGCAAGACUUUUGUAAUAUAAUGAUUAACGUAUGUAAUAUAAUAAUUCCAGUGACUGUUUUUGUAUUAGUUGCGUUUAUUUCGAUCUUAUUUAAAAGCAUCGUAUGGAUACUUAUUGUAUGUUGUCUCUACGUAACGAGUAUAUUUUACGGGCUCGUUAUAUUAGAAUAUAUUGGCGUGGCACUCGUGAAUUUGAAUGCAAUAAGCGAUACGUUUAAUCCAACCUAUGAGAUCAAGGAUCCAUGCAGUGUUUGCAGUAAUAACAGUUGCAAGAGACAUAAAUUGCUACCACACUCGACUAAAGUGAAAAUACCAAAGGACUUUGACCAUGAGUUGGAACAACUUCUGGAAGAUCUACUACAGAAGUAUGUUUGCGCCUGGUACUCCGACUUCUCAACGAAUGAAGCCUUUGUGCAGCAGCUUCGUUUGGCUGCAGCCACGGCAACGAAAAACAUUACGAUCCGAUUGCUUCGUACAGACGUGCCUAACGUCGUGUUUUAUCACUUGGUACCUUUGAUUUUGCAACAUGCUCAAGACUGGAAAACGUUGCGCGCGAAAAUGAAAGAUACGUCUGACACGACUCGGUUUGGAAACUAUCUCAUCGAUUACCUUGGACGCGAGAUACACCCAGCAAGUUACUCGCGCAAAGCAGAGUUAAAUUACCUUAGAGGAAUAGUAUCUGCGUUGAUACCGCAUUUGCUACCUACCAUUCACGUGUCUACCAACAAUAAGGUUAUACUUCGAGAAAUCUUGGCAAAUUGGAUUUUGCUACCAGCGAUAGAUGCAAUUGCUGACCCAGACAACAUAAAUGCACUAGUGAUGUUAUCAACUCAUCGUGACGGUUCAGUUUCCAGUCAUGUGGACGCAAUUAACGUACCAAUGUUACAGUGCUGGGUAACAAUCCCAUUGUUGACAAAAAUCACGCAGAAUUACCUAAAGCCCUCGUUAGAUAAAGUUCUUAAUGAUCCCAAAUUGUUAUACAUGUUUAUGCAACAUAUCAAAGAGACUGGACCCAUGAAUCUUUUCCAGUUCUGUUUAGAUAUAGAUGAUCUAAGCAAACGUAUGUUAAACCCAGAAAUGACUUCAAAAGCAGAAAGUAGUUUAUACACAGAUAUUCAAAGUAUGUAUGCAACAUAUCUAGAUCCUGAAGGUCCAGAAUAUCUACAUUUACCAGAAGAUAUAUCAAUGGGUAUACGACAAAUACUAGAAAGAGGAUCAAAGAAGAUUCAAGAUAUGAGGACUUCACGACCAUUUUAUCAAGCACAUCAAGAAGCACAUGCUCUGUUAGAAUCUACUUGCCUUCCGUCUUUCCAUCAUAGUUACCAACUCUACGAUUUGUUGUGUGGUCAACCAGUUCCAAAUCGACUUAAACAAUCUCCUCGUAUGAGCAUUAGCAGCGGAUCUGGAAAUGCACCUUCGAAGUUGGGAAAUCAUUUCCCGAAGAUUGACGGUGUUCUAAGAACAUCCACAAUUGAUGGAAUGACUUAUCAAGACAUAUAUCAAGGCGAAGAAAUAGAUUAUACUUCUCGCACAUACAGCGAGAUCAAGUAUUCAGACGAUAGUUUUCACAGAGAUCUAACAACAUGGCGAGUCAGUAUGCCUCAUAUUGAAACUGCAGAUAACCAAAUUCUGUAUGUAAUUGCUGUGCACAACAUAGCUGAAGGAAAGUCCUGGACAGUUUUACGCCGUGACCAAGAUUUUUAUGUUUUACGAACACGAUUAGCAGAAUUCCACGGGGAUAAAGAAUUAAGUGACUCACCACUACCCUCGAGAAAAAAUCCUCAUUCAUCUUGUGCUAUCAAUAGACAACGAUACGAGGAUUUUUUGGAGAAGUUACUAUCGAAGCCAGUUCUCAGGAGCAGCGAAUUACUAUAUAACUUCCUGACAGUGCCAAAUUUGAAGCCUUAUUUCACAAAUUGUAGCACGCCAGAUAUUGGCAUAUUGUAUCAAAAUAUGGCCUACAAAUUACGAAAGGAGAAAGGUCAGAAUUUAGAUAAAUUUAUGGCAGUAUUUUUGGCCUCUACUAAUAUUAAGAACGAUUAUCCGGAUAUGGGAAUUGAACCACCGAAUGAGUCAACUGUAAAUGAAAGUGAAAAGAAAGGUCGUCGUGAUCUAUUAUUUGGAGUAUUUGGAAACAAUCUCAAUUUAAAUGUUAACUCUCGAACUUUGCCUUCUUCUUCAUUGGAACGAUCUCAUGUUAAAGGUGCCUGUUCCUGUGUUGUAGAUGCUGUGGUCAGGCUAUUGAAUGUGCCAUCAGUAAUUGCACGAAUUCUUUGGAUGUUCGCUUCCACGUCGCGUGCAAAAGUGGAUCCAUAUGUCAACGUUCUACUCUAUAAUGCUUUGGCAAAGCUUCUGAGUGGUGGUCGGGCAGCUACUGUGGUAAAACUGUUACAUACAAAAGUAUUGGGUGAUAAAAAUCGUACAAAAGAUUUAUCGCUUCAAUCAAUGCGACGCAAUUACUAUGAAACAGCGAAAGUAGGGUUAUACGGUUUGUUGCCUUAUUGGUUAAUGGGAUUAUAUAAACCAUGGACUGAAAUAAUGGAUUCUAUUUUGGAUUCGUUACAAAAUGCACCUCUUAAUAAACAUCUGGCAUAUGUUCUCUUAGACCAAAUUUUGAUAAAUGUAUUUCCAGAACUUUCGGUUUGACUUAUA